CGGCCCGCGCCUCUCGCUCCCCACUGUCAGUGUCAUGAUACCAGCAGGCGCCUCCUACCUCUGAAGACAUCUGGAGCGCCCAAAAUGCCGCCAUUCAACGACCCCACGCCCCUCAUUUCCUCAUUCAAGGAGAAAGUCGAAUGCGCGACGGCUCAAGGCGACAGGCUUUACUUGGGGACCGCGAGUGGGAGCUUGUAUGUGUAUGGGGUGGACUAUGAGCCAGCUGAGGGCAAGGAACCGGGGACCCUGGUCGAAUGCAAGAAGAAUAUCUCGCGACGAGCGAUAGAGCAGGUCGCGUUCAUCAAGGACGUGAACUCGGUCGCUAUACUCUCAGAUUCCACGGUCACUCUCCUCCCCCUGCCCUCUUUCGCCCCUCCUACUCCUCUCAUCAAGGCCAAAGGCGCGCUAUCCUUCGCAGUCAACACAUCCAUACAACAUCUGCAACCAGAUGGCAGGCCGGUAGACUCGGACGCGGGCAAGAGCCCGAAAGCCAUACCCACCCUGAUCACCCAACUCGUCAUUGGGUGUAGGCGACGCGUCGUCAUAUAUAGCUGGAGGGACGGAGAUGCGCAGGACACCAAGGAACUUGUACUUCCCCACUCUCCGCGAGCUAUGGCCUUCCUGAACCCCGACGUCGUCUGCUUCGGCUACUCCCCAACGGAAUACGCCACCUUCGACAUUCCCAGAAUGACAGUCACCGACAUCUCCACGCCACCACCUCCACAGCCGUCGACUACUACUGCUAUGGGCGUCGGCGCCUUCACCGGCUUGUCGGGCUACAUGGCGCUCGCACUGGGUGCAAGGCAGAAGCCAGAGGUCCUACAGGUAGCGGAGAACGAGGGUUUGAUCACGAAGGAUACAGAGGGCAUCUUCGUCGGGCCUGAGGGCAAGGUGACGAGGCCAUCGACGAUACAGUGGCCGACGUCGCUGGAGGACAUCGCCUACGUCAAGCCCUACAUCUUCUGUGCAUUUCCCGCCGGCACCGUCCCCGACCGUGCCUCGCCACCCAAUACGACGCAGCAGUUUCAUCAGACCUCCGUCGUACAGCUCUACUCCGCGCUCUCUAUGCAAGCCGUGCAGACCGUGCCCUAUCCGUUUACCCAACCUGAUUCCACGUCCACCGCUACUCUCGCCUCUACCUCGACUUCGCCGACAAAAGCACCGUCCACUGCUACCACGGUCCCCAACGCCACCCUCCGACUGCUCACCGCCCCGCCGCAGCCCAAGUCCACUUCUAAAUCCCCAUGUUUGCUCGCCCCCUCGACGCCGGCCGACAAGACCGCGGCAGCAAACGAGGGCAGCACGACCGCGGCAGCGAACGGGGGCAGCACGACCGCGGCAGCGGACGAGGGGAGCACGACCGCCCCUUCCUUCGCCUCCUACUUCUUCACCAACCUUCUACUUCUUCACCAACGACCACUGGCUGCACACCCCGCUCUCCGCGUCCGCGUCCGCCUCCACGCCCGCGACCUCGCCCCCCGCCUCGGCCUUCCUGCCCGCCCCCGCCUCCACGCCCGCGACCUCGCCCCCGCCUCCGUGUACAAGCCCGCGCCGGCAUCUGCGUACAAGCCCACGCCCCCGCCUCCGCGUACAAGCCCGCGCCCCCGCUGACGGCAGGCCGGCUCGCGACUAUCUACGCCCCGCUUGCGAAGCGGCAGCUCACGGUGGCGACGACCGCAAAUGCACUCAACAAGCUCGUCGAGGUGCGCUUGUCUUGGUUUAUCAUAGAUAGUUCCCUUUGUAUUAUGUAGUCGUGCAAUACAUUGUGUUGUCC